ACGACAGACGCUCAGUACUAGGCCUACAUGUAUGAUCUGUAGGUACUGAAGAGUGGACUGAUUGUCAAUUUCAAGAAUAGAGUUGCUCAAUAUUUCAUUAAGAGUCUAUAGCCUAGACUAUAACGAAACAGGAGAAACCAUGAGUGCACCAAGUACACCUCCCUUUGACAACCCACUUCUAAAAAAGUCUCAACUUGGAAGGCCUUUACAACGAGGAUACAGUCUUCCUGGUGAUGUCAACUUCACAUAUGGGCGCCCCAACGUGACCAAGGACAAUGGUGCCUCUGAAGCCCUAUCUGGUUGGUCUCCCUCAGGACCCCUUAUGCCUAUCACUGGCCAUACAGAGCGUAAGCCCGAGAGGGACUUCAUCGCUCUCAACAAAGCAUGUAUUGGUGCCGGGUUGGUUACAGCCAGUGAUCAGUUUCAGUACAGAGCAACACAUGAUGUCAGAAGGAGGAUAUCAGAUGAAGAGAAGAGCAAGUCCAAAGUGAAGAGAAUACCAGCAUCAAUGACGUUUGGCAUCUCAACGAGGCCAUCAACUCCUGUAUUUGAUUUACUGGAGCACAAGUAUCAAGACAGAUGGUUACAAGAAAGGAGAAAGACAGAAUUGACCAAGAGAGAAAGACAUCAACAAAAGCAAAACAUGAAUCGAGGAAUCUACGAGACACGUGCAUCCCUCCUGAGGAAAUUCUGCCCCCCUGUGGAGGACCCUCCCCUCUGGCAGAUGUCUCGAUUCUCCCGUCAGCUUCCCCACCUGGAGACCUUCCGCUCACCCAAUGCCCACCAUGAAGCCUUUGCCCACCAUGCCACCGACUGCACAGCUCGCACUGGAACAUUCGGACAUGGAAUAUACGAAAGUGCCAAGAGCUAAAGAACUUUUACACAGUUUAAAAAGAACUCAUUUAAAGCCUAGAAUACUCUGUGGGGUGAUCAUUCUCAAAACAUGUACAAAAGAAGAAAAAAAAAGGAAACGUUUCAAUUUCUGUCCUGUACGUAUCAUGAAAUAUCAAACUUGUGUAUCAUAAUUUUCAAUUUUAGCAGAAUUACUCAAGGACAACUAUUCCACUGUGUUGAAAGAUGAUUUAUCAAACUAAAAGCUUUAUUAGUGCCUAUUUCAUUUGUCAUAUCAUCAUAGCAUACAAUUAAUUUUGUAACAUAUUUUAAAAUUAAAUAUGACUUUGAGUUUAGUCUUGUACACCAACAAAAUUGCUUAUUCCUCAAAGAUUAACAACUACAAAUGAAAAUUGGAAGAACAAUAAAAUAUCAGCAAAUCCCACACUAUUGUUGCUAUAUAGCAGCACAUUUGAAUAUGCAUGAAUCUUCUUACUAUAAAUAUAAAACAUGUACUAUUAAUUUUUGUGCCAUAUAUAUGUGUAUAUUCCCUCCAUUAGAAAUUCUAAUGCAUGUACAUCCAAACACUGUACCACUCAGAUUCGCGACAAAAAACUUUUGCGAACUUUAAGCAACAGCAAUUUCUAUGGCAAGAAGUUGUUGUGUUGGUUGUGAUUCAAUUAAACCAUUGAAACCUUAAAGAGAAGGUCGAGUAUUGGGAAAAGGUGAACAAUAAUUUGUGAGCGUUAUCUUGUAUUAUUCAAGUGUUCCCUGAAAAGCAUGGCUCUUCAAAUGCCUUAAUAUUCUAAAUCAUGCAAAUCGGGACAGAUGUGUACCCCACAUGUUCAUAUAGUCCCAUAUACUUCUUUCUGUACGUGUACAGUGUUUGUAACUUUACCAAGACUGGGUCAAAUUUCUUAUGAUUCUGAUGAUUCCAGAACACACCAAUACUUACAUGCUAGAUGAUGAACCUUUUCUGAUCGAUUUCACACCGUUUCUUUCUCAACUUUAUCUUUAAGCACUCAUGAUCAUGACAUGUUUCUUAUUCUACAGUACACUUUCUAUGAACGAAUGACUGAAACUCACGCUGGCUGUGAACCUUACAAGAUUUGAAACUGCAUUCAAGUCUAUUAUGUACUGCCUUAAUUAUUUUGUAAUUUCAAUUUGCUGUAUAACAUCUUCCUAUUUUUCAAUACAUAAUAAUGAAUUUGUAUUACUUUACAUCAUUAUGCAAACUGAAUGCCACUUGAAACUAUUAAUGAUCAUGCAAAUAUAUAUUACUGUGUAAAUACAAGUAACUCCGUCCGCUGUGUUUUUCUGCAGUUUCUUCUAUGCACAUAAUCUUAUGCAAUGAUCAUGUCAAGAUUUAUAUAUAUUGUUUAUGUUGUAGAGUAAAAAAAUAAACUUUUUGAAAGCAUGUAA